GUUGAGGGAUUAAAUCGAUAUCUUGUAUAAAUCACUAAAAGUACAAUACUACCCAUUUGAAAUCAAUUAGUGAAACUUCCUUUCAUAAACAAAUUCUUCAUUUUUCAGCUGUCUGUUAAAAGGAUUUUGUAUUUUGGAUCAAAAUACCAGAUUACCUUUUUCAUAAGAAAUUCUAGGUUGUAUUGAACAUCAUAAAUGGCUAACAGAACUCAAGUCCGUAGUAACAAUUCUGCACUCAUAGCCAUGAUCGCCGAUGAGGAUACAAUCGUUGGCUUUCUGCUUGCUGGAGUUGGCAAUGUGGAUUUGCGGCGAAAAACAAAUUACCUUCUUGUAGACUCAAAAACAACUGUCAAACAAAUUGAAGAUGCAUUUAAGGAGUUCACAACAAGGGAGGAUAUCGCUAUAGUGCUGAUUAGUCAAUAUGUUGCAAAUAUGAUAAGGUUUGCGGUAGAUAGCUAUAACCAAGCAAUACCAGCAAUUCUGGAAAUACCUUCAAAAGAUCACCCUUAUGAUCCUACACAGGAUUCAGUUCUCUCACGAGUCAAGCAUCUGUUCUCUGCUGAAUCAGUCGCGUCUGAUAGGCGAUGAGUAUGAUGAUCCUUUUCAUAACGGUUUAUUCACUUCCCCCGACCUUUUUUCCUUGAGAAAAAAAUUGUAUUCUUUAUGCUUCUCGGAGCUGACUCUCUUCUUUUAUUCAUUUCACAUCGGCAGCGUUGUGUGAUUAAUACUUGGAAUAAAAGAGACUUGACAGAGUCUCUGAUUUUACAGAGAGAUUGAUGAAUUGUGUAAUUCAUGGUGUAUAAUUUGAGCCAUAAUCUUUUAUUCUGAUGGCUUGAUUGAUUCA